AUGACUCGUAACGCUCUCUUCGCCAAAUUGUUGACCUGUCUCCCAGGUGUGACUGCCUUGGUAAACUCUGUCUCGCAGAAUAGCAUCCCUGCCCGGGCUGCACUGACCCGCCAAGUCAAUUUAGAUGCGCAUGAAUUUCCAACUGGGCUGCAGAUAAACAAGCCGAACAUCACCUCCAAAUGGAUCGAUGGGAGUGACCUCGUGCAGAUUGUAGAGGUUUAUAUCAAUAACACAGACCCAACAAACUAUUUGACAGAGGCAGACAACUUGGUUGUGGAAGUCCUGUCAGACUCAGUAGACACUGUCGUGCGUGGAACGCUCAAGCGCCUCGGCCCCAGACAAGCUGCUAUCGUUCAAAUUGGCAUCAAGAAUAAGCCAAAAGCAAAGGCGGGCUCCCAAUGUACUGGAAUUAUUGUCGCCAAUUACGGUAACAAGAGGGGAGGCAAGCAAGCUACGCAGCCCGUCUCUGGAACAUGCGGCUUCAUAGACUAUACUGCAACGAGGUCCAGUGUCAACCCUCAUCUCGCUCCAGAUUGGUUCAAUGACCUGAAGUAUGGAAUUUUUAUACAUUGGGGGCCUUAUUCUGUGCCUGCCUAUGGAAACGUGGGUAAAAAUGAAAACUAUGCAGAAUGGUACUGGUCAUCAAUGCAGUAUCCCAAUGACAAGACCCAAACUUACCAGUAUCACCUGAAGACAUAUGGCAAGGAUGUCAACUAUGACGACUUUUUUGCCAACUUCACUGACAGAGGCUUUGAUCCUCAAGAAUGGGUAGAUUUGUUUUCCGAUGCGGGUGCUCAGUAUUUUGUGCCGACAACGAAGCACCAUGAUGGGUUUGCCUUGUUCAACUUCUCAACUGCAAUUAGCAAGCGAUCAUCCAUCCACUAUGGCCCAAAAAGAGAUAUUAUCAAGGACCUUUUUGCCGCCGCCAAGAAGUAUCAGCCUCAUCUCCGACUAGGCACAUAUUUUAGUAUGCCCGAAUGGUUCAACCCAGCAUAUAAGAAGUAUGGAUUCAGUGCUUGGCCAGGUGGCCCACCAACGAAUCCUUACACAAAAGCAGAAAUCCCCUACACCGGUUACGUAGAGGUCAAAGACUUCGUCAAGGACAUUCAGCUCCCCCAGAUGAGGACGUUGGCCGACGAAUAUGGUAUCGAUAUCAUGUGGUGUGACAUCACGAGUAAAGGGAAUAAUGCGACAAUAUUUGCAUCUGAAUGGCUGAAUUCGGCACGCAAGAAUAAACGGCAGGUGACCUUUAACAGCCGCUGCGGAAUACCUGGAGACUUCGACACUCCGGAAUAUGCGACCAACGGAGAGACAGUCACACGAAAAUGGGAAGCCAGUAGAGGCAUGGAUCCACAUUCAUACGGCUACAAUGCCCAAACGCCAGACUCCGCCUAUCUCACGGGUGAACAGAUUGUGCACACCCUGGUUGAUAUGGUGAGUAAGAACGGCAAUUUUCUCCUUGACAUUGGACCUACAGGGAAUGGAUCCAUUCCACAAAUCAUGCAGAACAACCUGCGAGAUGCCGGCAGAUGGAUCAAGUCCCAUGGAGAGAGUAUCUUCAGGACACGAUUCUGGACUGUCAAGCCGGGGUCUGAUCCAUUUCGUUAUACGACCACGAAGGACGCUUUCUACAUUCAUCACAUUGGAAAGCCAUCUAAAACCCUGGACAUCACUGACCCGGUCCCAUAUUUGCCGGGCGAUAAAGUUACUGUCGUAGGCGGAAGACUGAACGGCAAGACUGUCCCCGCGUUGUGGAACGGGGUCGGCUCUCUAAAGCUCACUUUGGGAAAUGAUGUUCUUUCUGGGGAUAGAUACAUCUGGACGUUCAAGAUUCAGUACAAUUAG